CCUUGUAGGGAGCCUGGAAAAACCUUCAGUAGGGCUGCUAACACUGAUGAGAGAUCUUGUAUGCCAAGGUCGCCGCUCUUUGAACAGACCACACCAUGCGUGAGUACAAGCUAGUGGUCCUUGGUUCAGGAGGUGUGGGGAAGUCCGCUUUGACUGUACAGUUCGUUCAGGGAAUUUUUGUUGAAAAAUAUGACCCAACAAUAGAAGAUUCGUACAGAAAGCAAGUGGAAGUAGACUGUCAACAGUGUAUGCUUGAAAUCCUCGAUACCGCAGGGACGGAACAAUUUACAGCAAUGAGGGAUCUCUAUAUGAAGAAUGGUCAAGGGUUUGCACUAGUAUAUUCUAUAACAGCACAGUCCACGUUUAACGACUUACAGGACCUGCGGGAACAGAUUUUACGGGUUAAGGACACUGAAGAU